AUGUUUGUUACCAACAUGGACCACUUCAACGCAACUGUCCUUAAUGGGAAUCUUGUCUCGAUGCGGAGGGGACUGCAAGUCUGCAAGACAAAACACCAGGGCAUCCAGUUUAUCAAUACCUCCGCCGCUUCAGACGACGCCUCGAAUCCGAACGGUGCCAACUCUGCGGACCUCUCCCGGCCGCUAGAGCGGCGGAUGAAGUUUGUCGGCCAGCCGAAAGAGCCGCGGAAGGGCGGAUCGAAACACGGCAAGGGCUCGGCACAAGGUUCACAACACGACACAGAGCCUCGAGAACGAAGGGGGAGGUCGCCAAAAGAGCCCCAGGAGUCCGUCUUCUCCUGGGAGUCUUCCACGAGAGGGUCUCCCGAGAAUGACGUAUUCUAUCCUGCCAGAUUCGAUGAGGCUUCUCGCAUACCCCGAAGCCCUAUUCCCUGGCUGAACUCGUGGAUGGGGAAACUGUCUGAGAACGAACAGCGUCUCGUCCACCUCUAUCUCAGAAUCGUCCCGACAAAGAUGUACCCGUACGAGCAGAUCCUGGAGCACAACCCCGUUCGUAGUUCUGCGUUUCUGGAGAAACUCAAAUCCAGCGAUACCAGCCUCAGCUGCGUCAUCAUGACGGCGAGCAACGCCGAGACGUUCCUCAGAGGCGAGUGGGCAUCUCCCGAACUUCUGUACUACGUUUCCAAGGUCUGCAGCCUCGUCAACGGCAGGCUGUCGGACCGCACGAUGAAGAGGGAAUUCGAUCAGGGAAUCCUCGAGUGUGUGGCCUCGAUGGCCAUGACGGGAUGGAACGUGGGGAGAUACGAUCACUGGCAUCUCCAUAUGAAGGGUCUCAAGCAGCUUAUCGAACUAGAGGGGGGCAUGAAGAGGGAAUGGGGCUAUCUCCUGAACAAAAUCAGAAGGGCCGACGUGCAAGGGGCUGCCCACCUAGGUCUCCUGCCAUAUCUCGACUAUCCCAGGUUUUUUGAGGCUCCAACGAACGCGUUGCCUUACCAGCUGCGCUCACGAAUCGUCGAAGAAGUAUCCGCAGUUCUUACCCCUUGCAGAAUGCAGCUGUAUCUCGUUAAUGCAAUCGCAUCCGCAUCUCUUUUUGCCGGUAUCCUGCGGAUGGCUUUUGUGAGCCCCAACAGGGAGGUGUUGCUUCAUCCCGAGGCCUUCAUUGAGGAGUGGCUAUGGUGCGAGUACCAGCUUGUCUGGUGCUCCGGGCCUCUACGCUCCGACUGCGAAAACACCACACUUGGAGAGCCCGAUGAGCUAACCACCGCCGCGGACCUGGGCAGCUCAGACGCGGUCGCGGCGGCCAUGGUACGAAACCUGCACACGAUAAAGCCCAUUCCAUCCCCAGCAGACAACCUCCUGGAGCCAGCGCUGCGUACUGCUGCGCUCGUUUACCUCGAGAUUCUGGUCCCAGACGAGCCGCGCAACCCGAUGUCUCACGCGGUACCCCUAAACCUCCUUUCCGCCUCGGUACGCAAGAUCGUACAGAAACUACAAGAACGACAGUCACGAAAGGGACGACCCUGGGAAGAUGAUGACGACGACGAUGAAGACAACGAUGGUCUGCCUCACACAGACGCUCUCCGGCCGAUAAUGAUAUGGGUGUGUCUGGUGGGAUCCGUAGUCUCGAAGCUCUGCGAGAUGGACUUGGUCACGAUGGGUAUCGUAUUCGACCGCGGCUGCUACGGACAGUGUCUUUCGAUGCUCGUCGGUCCUGAACCAGAGCACGUCGACCUCCUCCCCGAACAAGAUCUUGCUCUAUGCAGACUCCUAGAUGCGAGAGGCAUGCGCCUCAGACAGCAAGACGAGCGGGUUCUCCUCAAAGAUCUCCUGAGAGAGCAUGCGUACGGGGUACCCCUGUUGGAUUUGGCAUACGUCUAA